AACACUCCAUUUAACAUUUACCGUCAGAACGAUGCAGGUGUCUGUGUCACUGCUCUCUAUCGGUUAAAAAAAACAACCUUAUUAGCGCGGGAACACCAACCGCCAACGUGACACAUUUUGUUUUUAAUUUUUAAAUAAAAAAAUUUAACGAAGAGUUUAUCAGUAUUAUUGUGAUUUAGGACGUAAUGUUUUUACCAAAUUAAAUUUAAGGCAUUUAUUUAGUGAAUAUUCGCAACAAAUAGUUCAAAAUGGUGAUAAAGUUACAAAUAGAAGAUAAGCACCCGACCGUAAGUCGGAUCAGGUCAAUAGGAGCACAGGCAAUAGCAACUAUGUCGCCAAAUCUCUUACUAUUGAACCUGGGUAUGGCCAUAAGCUUCGCUACAAUUGCGUUGCCAGACCUUUUAAACGCUAAAGAAGGUCUAUCACUAGACGAAACACAGGCAUCGUGGUUCGGUAGUUUAUCGUACCUCACGCAGCCUGCCGGAGCUCUGCUCUCCGGACCUCUAGUAGAUUACUUUGGGCGAAAGAAAGGAACGUUUCUAGUCAAUUUGCCAUAUUUAAUAGCUUGGACUCUCAUGUACUUCUCAUGGAACUUGCCAUCUCUUUUUAUCGCCAAUGGAUUACUGGGUUUUGGUACAGGCAUUAUGGAGGCACCAAUAAACUCUUAUGUUGGGGAAAUAAGUGAACCAUCCGUACGUGGUGCGUUUUGUUCCAUCACACUCCUGUUCACAUCCCUGGGAGUAUUCGCUAUGUACUUCCUCGGUACGGUGGUCACUUGGAGAUACGCAGCGCUCAUCAGUUUAGCAAUUCCUAUAAGUUCUAUGCUCCUGGUACUUUUGGUGCCAGAAACACCCGUCUGGCUUCUAGUGCAAGGCAAAGACGAGGAAGCAUUAAGCGCCCUCUGCUAUUUGCGCGGUUGGACCAAACCGCAGAACGUUCAGGAGGAAUUCGACAAACUAUCCGUUUAUUCUAAGAGCCUGAGAAAGUGUAUAAUUUGUGUCACGGAGCAGGAUAAGACUUGCCAGCAUGAUUCCAUGAAUCCGAUUAAAAGGAAUUUCCUAAAGUUCAGAUAUGUGAUGUUUUGCAAAGAAACGUUACGGCCACUGCAGUUAAUAGUUCUAUACUUCAUGUUCUACGUGAUGAGUGGUUUGACACCAGUUAAACCAAACAUGGUCAAUGUUUGUGGUGCUUUUGGUAUGCCUAAUGAUGGAAAACAAAUUGUGAUGCUCGUGGGAGCAAUCACAUGCAUAAGCAGUUUGUGCCUAGUAGCGGCCAUCAAACUAUUGGGCAAGCGAAAGCCAGCCAUAGUAUCCAUGCUAGGGACUGCUGUAGCUUGCAUAGGUCUCAGUAUAUACGCUAGGAUCAAACUAGACGAUAAAGUAUUUUCCUAUGAUGUGACAACAUUUCCAAAGGAAACUAGCUAUACGCCUUUGAUAUUGUUCUACAUAUUGACUUUCUUCACUGGCCCGGGAAUCACUUGGGUGCUGCUGGGAGAAGUUUUUCCGUUCAGGAGUCGGGCAUCAGCCCAAGGAGUUGCCGCAGCUAGUAACUACGUAUUCAUGUUCCUUGGAUCAAAAACAUUUAUAAAUUUAGAAAUGGGCGCAGGAUUAUGGGGAGCCUUCGCUACAUAUGCUGCCUUCGGUUUCCUUGGCACUAUAUAUCUUUAUUUCUUCUUACCAGAGACUGAAGGGAAAUCUUUGCAAGAAAUCGAAACGUUUUAUAGUGGAAAACUCAGAAUAUUCCCAGAUGACCCCUUCUAUAAUUUCUUUAAGAGGCUGAGGAGAAGAUGAACUUUAAUUUAUACUUAACUUAAAUAAUAAAUUAUUAAAAUAGAGCCAUAUGUAUUGAUAUAAUGAA